UCUUCGCAGACCGGGCCUGCUGUAGCUGUGCAGACUGCAGAGCGCAGUGGAGCCCAGCAUGCCAACCAUCGGCGCUGACCGUGGAUUCAUGGCCACCGCCAACGGGCUCCUGAGGAUAGCCGAGAUCAUCUUGGGCCUGUGCGGGCUCAUCUGCAUCGAGUCAAUCAGCGGCGAGUGUUACUACGCCUACCUACACCGCUAUGAGUUCAGCCUGUUCGUGGUCAUCACGUCGUUCCUGUUCGCUUUCUUCGUCAUCAUGGUGUUCGUGCUACGCGCCCAGGAGGCCCUUGCCAGAUGUUUCAACGUCCCGCUCUCUCUACUGGUGAGCGACAGCUUCAUCGCUCUGUUCUACCUGAUCGUUUGCCUGCUCGAGUUCACUGCUUUCUGCCCAGAUCCAGAUGACAAUGCAUCGACCAAAGUCGCCGGGGUGUUCGCCAUGUUCGCCAUGAUGUGCUUCGUGGUCUCCUCCUAUUUCUCGUACAAGUUCUUCCAAGAGGAGAGGCUACCCGCACUGCCGCCGCCAGGCCUCCACUCGGCCACCGUUACGCAGGUGCUGCCCAAGUAGCCACACCGUCUCUGCCGUGGCCCGAUCACGCCGGCAGACUCCGAGCAAUUUCGCAUCUGGGCGGAGUGAGGAACGUUGCCGCCUUGGAUGAGGACCACUUCAGCUGACUGCUUUUUCUCGCGCCUUGUCCAUCUUCGGGCGAAGCAGGGGCCCUGGGUGGGAAACGCUCGCGAUGCACAGCGGGUCGGAGUGUGUGAUAGGUCCCAACGUGGCAAGGCCCUGAAUGGUCUGCGCCCUCUGCCGUCUGAUGGGAGAAGUAUCGGCUAUAGACAACAGUGGGCAGUUUGACCCCUUUCUUAUGCACGUACACACCGCUUUGGCAUAACCUCUCCAAACAUCGUGGGGGAAUGAGCCCUCGUUUAUCGCCGUUUCUUUCUUUUUCUUUUUUUUUUUACCCAUCUUCCCAGCCAAGUAUGGCCCGCAUUACCGCUGCUGCUUUCGUUCCCUUGAGCCGGAUAGUAGCAAUCAGCUGCGCCUCCAGUUUAGGUGUAAGUUGUACGUGCAGAGUUGUAAAAUGCAUGAUAUUUAAUGUUGUGACAUUUCUCAUUUUACACUGACAUAUUCGUCCAAUAACGCAGCGAAAAAGCUUCAAAAUUCCAUGCAUUCAGCCCAAAUAACAUAUGAACGUAUCACCUUGUCACCUUUCACUUGAGUAUAAUCCAUCUAAACCUCUCGUCCAGAAACAAACAUGUCCCAGCAAUGUCUGCUUCACGCGCACCGUAACGGUAGCUGUGCCCCGCGAUGUUUCGACAGAGCGUUGAACAUUAGUGAAGGGAACAACGGGUACAAAUGACGUAAUGUCAAGUGGCAGACUACAAAGGUCAAGUGAGUUAUUAUAAUUAUUUACAGCAGACGAAUUCAGCAAACUCGUCACUCAACUCAGGUCGAAUGCCAUGUAACCUGAAUGUACCUAAACAGAGAAGGGUGGAGCUGAGGGGUGGAGUGAAAGCAACGGAGGUUAUCUAAAUGUGAGUGCGAGUUGUACGACAGCAGUCAUUCUCUAUGUUGGCAUAAGUUACUAAUUGAUGUUAUUGUCAGUUCUGUCACGUUUAUUCCUUAUCCAAUUGAUAAUUAAGAACAUUGUUGAGGUCUAGGACUCGUUUCGUGCUUAUGUCAUCUCUGUGAGCGUUACUUUCGCGAUAAGUGGCACGCAACCAUCCAGAGAUAACUAACAGACGAAAGCCGAGCAGUGGCUCAUUCCAACAUUACCUGUAACUGCUGAAUGGGGCCGUUUUGCCUGUGAAACUGUUAGCAUCUGUCUUUUCACGGCGUUGUCCUCUUGAGCCAACCUAACUUGAGCAAAGGGCUGGCUCUUUUCAUUGCGGGCAGAUGAAACCAUGGCACAGUUACAGCUGAGGAGAUAGUGCGGGAACGAUCUGCUUCGCCAAGGCGUUGUGUGGUAGGAAACUGGGCUGCCGUUUCCGUUAGUCGAUCAAUCUGUUACGCUGCGGGAUUUUCGUAUGAGGUGGCGCUAGUGUCACACACGACGUGGCGGCGCGGAAGACAGGUUAUAGUGGGCUACAGAGGACAGCUAGCGCGUAGGGGUUCGCGUGUGGAGGCGCUGACGUCUGUGCGGAAUGGGGCGUCGUCCAAAUCGCACGCUCCUGUCCAGGCUGCAGUAGUAGGGCCUGAUGAAGCCGAAGCGAGGGUUUACACUGCUCUUGCGGACCCAGUGUAAAUAGAACUUUGUGCACCUGUGUACGACAUGUGCACUCGCACAUGUCGUAUACACAGACGCAUAUAUGACGCAAGCCGUACACACGUCGCACAUAACUCGUGCGUCAAGGCUUGCUCGAGGGGUGCAUCAAGUGAAAGUUUUGAGGUUGAAGGGGUGUAGACAAGAUCUGAUGGAGGUAUACAAAGGAACUUGAUUGCAGAAGCACUACGCAGUGCAUGAGGGAGAGAUUGAGUUGUUACAUGACUCGUCUAAGGUACGUGCUUGAGCUGUGUCUUCAGUAAGUGUGUUGCUUGUCCUCUGUCGCAUAUUCUAUAAUCCAAAAAUUUAUUAGCGUGCUGUUUUCUCGCACCAAAGUUAAGGGUGCCGAUCAGCAUACAGCCUACUACUGAAGCUGCGCUCAUUAUUUCUGCUCUGAAAAAAAAAUUUUUUUUCAAACCCUCUUGCAGCGAGUGAAGUGUCCAUUAUGCUGCGAGAUUUACCUGUAUCCAUGGAGAAAGGCAAAAGUUAUGGGAGAGCAUUACGUCACACAGCCAGCCUUGGCAAGCGAAAGCUCCAUGAGGCCAGUCCCUUUGCUCAGUGUCGACACAACAUGUGACCUCUUGCGUUGAGAUCACGGAGCAAGAAUCAAGAUUUGCCGAGACGUUUGGUCUCGAAUGGGCAUGGAGGAAGGAAAAUGCGAAUGGGUGUCGAAAAAAAUCCACCAGGAAUACUAAAACCUAGCGCGCGCUCUGACGUAUCCUCCGUGCUCUGACGUUUUACCACGUGUAGGGAUGACACUGUCGGCUUCAAUCACGUUGCGCGAUGCUCCCUUGUAUCUUUUUCUUUCCUCCAUGCCUGCAUCUAUCAUCUGACCAACUUCGUUCAGUGCAGCGAUACUUAUAGCAUCCUUUACGUGAACUCGACUCGAGCGGAUCGAGUCAGAAGUCGAGUGGCUACGCUUACACGCGGCCAAGUUUACUAUGCAUUUUCUAAGCGGGAUGGGUUAAUCAACCCACUCCUUGCAGGCAGGGUUGACAGAACUCACCUCGACGUUCGCUCGGCCCGGCCCGCUAGCGUUUACAUGAGCCCGAAGACCGGAUUUCGUACCGACAAGCCCACUCGACUCGACCUUAUCGAGUUCAUUUAAACGGAGCUCAUGGCUCCUCAAUUGUCCACCUCUGAUCGCCCUCCGUGCAACGCUGACUGAAUGGAAACGGUCACAGGAAGAUUUGCAGCGUACAAUGGCUGAGUCAUCCCCCAUUCCCUGGAACACACUGCCAGUACUCGUUACUGAUUGGUUAUGAUAGUAUUACGAAACGAGCUCUAGUCUUCGCUGCAGUGCAAGGGGAUAUGCCAGACAGAGUGUAGCUGUUCUUGUGCUUCUGUGUGCUGAAAAUUGUCAAGUGUGGUAGGCGACUUCCAGUCUCCCAGAGAACAUGGCUCGCAUGGCUCGCGUUCCCAAGCUAUUUGGAAGAUCACGCCAUGAGUAUUCGUUGUGAAUGAGAGGAAAAUUUUGUCACUACUGGUGUGUACGUAGCGAAGACAGGACAGAACAACUCGAAAAGCCAACUCUAUGACAAAAGCGCAGAGACUGCAUAGAUGCACAACGACAAGUCUGUCCCUGACUGCCGAAGCGUUGAAUGUUUCUGGGACUGUUUUGAUCCAGUUUUAUUGUUGCAAGCGGCUUGAAUAAGGGUCACCUGUCUUCAGCACGUCAUGUCGGAGGGGUGCAACCCGGACUGGCUCUCUGGGCUGUUUGUGAACAUGCAUGUGUUGUCAGCAGAGACCACCGCACGUGAAUAGCUGUGAUUCACAUAUGCGGAAACACGCACGCAGAGAAAAGGAAGCACAUUCAUUAUAACGUUCUUAGCACUUAUAAGAACGGGGCUGCCGGAAUCCUGCCGACAAGCAGUGCAUCAAGCACUGCCGCGUUUCACCUACAGUGCUCCCUGUCCACAUUACCACGCUUUUUGCAUACUGCUAUAGAUAUUGCUAGAAGCACAUGCGUCAGUAAGUUUGAUAUCUUAACACUAUGUAGCUGAAUGUCCGUCCCUGUCAAACAAUCCUCGGCUUCCCUUGCCAGAGGCCUCUGGGAAAAAUCCGUCGACACCCACUCCCCCAAAAUACUGAGAUAAAGGGCAUACUACAAACGGGGCCAAGAGAAAAACGUGUGUUUUACGACCACGACGUGGUAUGCUCCAUGGAGGUUGAAUAACACACCACGAACGGACUAACAUUAUACAUUGUAUACGUUCAUGCGUAAGCUAAGCCUGUAAGACGUAUUUAAUCCAAUUAAAAACAGACACGAACGCGCAUGUGCGGAUAUCCAAGGACUCAAUAAAAUGUUUGCAACGAUGACCUGA